CGAGGCGGCGAGGCGACCCCCGGCUCCCUAGAAGCGGGCAACCGGGGCAGGCAGUGCAGGAGGGCGCGGAGCGGGUGGCGGUGACAGACGACGCGAACCAGCAUCCCCUCCCCCUCGCAGCGCGCCGGCGGCCUCACCAUGGAUCCCGCGGUGUCGCUGGCCGUGUGCGCGCUGCUCUUCCUGCUCUGGAUCCGCGUGAAAGGGCUGGAGUUCGUGCUUAUCCACCAGCGCUGGGUGUUCGUGUGCCUCUUUUUGCUGCCGCUGUCCCUCAUUUUCGACAUCUACUACUAUGUGCGCGCCUGGGUGGUGUUCAAGCUUAGCAGCGCGCCGCGCUUGCACGAACAGCGCGUGCGGGAUAUCCAGAAGCAGGUGCGAGAAUGGAAGGAGCAGGGCAGCAAGACCUUCAUGUGCACGGGGCGCCCCGGCUGGCUCACUGUCUCGCUCCGGGUUGGGAAGUACAAGAAGACACACAAAAAUAUCAUGAUCAACCUGAUGGACAUUCUGGAGGUGGACACGAAGAAACAGAUUGUCCGUGUGGAGCCCUUGGUGACUAUGGGUCAGGUGACUGCCCUGCUAAACUCCAUUGGCUGGACCCUGCCUGUGUUGCCCGAGCUCGAUGACCUUACAGUGGGGGGUUUGAUCAUGGGCACGGGCAUCGAGUCAUCAUCCCACAAGUAUGGUCUGUUCCAACACAUCUGCACUGCCUAUGAGCUAGUCCUGGCUGACGGCAGCUUUGUGCGAUGCACACCGACGGAGAACUCAGACCUGUUCUACGCUGUGCCCUGGUCCUGUGGGACCUUGGGCUUCCUGGUGGCAGCUGAGAUCCGCAUCAUCCCUGCCAAGAAGUUCGUCAAGCUGCGGUUUGAGCCAGUGCGAGGGCUGGAGACGAUCUGCGACAAGUUCAAGCUUGAGUCCCAGCGGCAGGAGAACCACUUUGUGGAAGGGCUGCUCUACUCCCUGGAUGAGGCUGUCAUCAUGACGGGGGUCAUGACGGACGAGGUGGAGCCCAGCAAGCUGAAUAGCAUUGGCAGUUACUACAAGCCGUGGUUCUUCAAGCACGUGGAGAACUACCUGAAGACAAACCGAGGAGGCCUGGAGUACAUCCCCUUGAGACACUACUACCACCGGCACACACGCAGCAUCUUCUGGGAGCUCCAGGAUAUCAUCCCCUUUGGCAACAACCCCAUCUUCCGCUACCUCUUUGGGUGGAUGGUGCCUCCCAAGAUCUCCCUCCUGAAGCUGACCCAGGGCGAGACCCUGCGCAAGCUGUACGAGCAGCACCACGUCGUGCAGGACAUGCUGGUGCCCAUGAAGUGCAUGGUGCAGGCCCUGCACACCUUCCACAACGACAUCCACGUCUACCCCAUCUGGCUGUGCCCAUUCAUCCUACCCAGCCAGCCGGGCCUGGUGCACCCCAAGGGAGACGAGACAGAGCUCUACGUGGAUAUUGGAGCUUAUGGGGAGCCGCGCAUAAAGCACUUCGAAGCCAGGUCCUGCAUGAGGCAGUUGGAGAAGUUCGUCCGAAGCGUGCACGGGUUCCAGAUGCUGUACGCUGACUGCUACAUGAACCGCGAGGAGUUCUGGGAGAUGUUUGAUGGCUCCCUGUACCACAAGCUGCGGGAGCAGCUCGGCUGCCAGGAUGCCUUCCCCGAGGUGUACGACAAGAUCUGCAAGGCUGCCAGGCACUGAGCAGAAGCCUACCCACAAAGAAACAGAUGUGUGGGUAGACCCGGUCCCCAGGGCCAAGAGGCAUCUUCCCUUCACUCAAGUUUGGCUGCUCUCCCAGAUCCAUACUUUCAGAAAGAAACCCCUCCGGAAGUCCCAUGCAGACAGCCCUGACAGCCUGCUCCCAGCUUCCAGGGGCUGCCCAUGGAGUGGGAAGCACCUGGGAUCUGGAGUCAGACAAACCUGAGUCCAGUUCCCAGUUCAACCACUCAUUAGCUGUGUGACUCUGGGUGAGUCACUUAACCCCUCUGGACCUGCCUCUUCAUCUGUUGACAGGGGUUAACAAUAUCUGCCUGCAGGCUGUGGUAGUUAUUGCUACUUCCCAUUCAGCAUUGCAUCUGCUUUGGAUUCAGCGGUAGCGUCCCAGAGGCUCCACGUAAGGUCACCAGGGCACAGAAUUGGCUGGAAUUAUGAAGGGAUGCCCUGGAGUUGCACUGCCAUUGCUUCAGUCAGCCAGAAUUGCUCCUCACCAGGAGAAGGAAGGAAGGUUUCUCUCCAUCCCUGUGGGGUCUUAGGAGGGCAAUAGAUGGGUGAGCAGGCCCCAGAUGUGCUGUGCCAAAGCCAGGUCCGAUCCCAAAGUUUUCUCUGCCAUCGUUGGUGAUGUCCUGCCCUAUCCCUCCUUCACUCUCAGGCUUGCAGGCCCACCCCAGCCAUCACCCAAUCUGAGAGGACCAUGUCCCUGGGAAAGACAUUUUAAGGUUGAAUCCUGUCCCAGCCUACCUCCCCAACCCCUGGGAGAAUGAGUGGUUUCUGCUCUGAAUUGGAUGCAGAGGACCUGGUCUCAUUCUUGGCUCUCCAACUUUCUAUGCCUCUUGUCACCAGAACCCACUUAGUUGUGGUGGGGGUGUGUCCACACUGCCCCGCAGAAUGGAGGGUGGAGUGGACCACACCAAGCAGGAAAAGAGUCUGCCGUUGUUAGGUUUCAUCAGGAUUCUCAACCACGGGGCUGAAAGAAGAGAGCAUCAACUUGAUUUCUCUCACCACUCAUCCUGUUUUCUCUCCCCCUGCCCCCAGCUGUAGUUAAUUUCAGUGCCUUACAAAUACUCUAAGCUCAGAGAAAAGUUAGUUCCAUUUCCGUUCCAGAGGGAAGGGAACCUCUCUAGGUCCUUCCCCACCUAGUAAAGCUUGGUUGUUCAUGCAACUCCAUCUUAAGAUCUGCUCAGCCUCAGCUAAAAACUGAGAACCUGAGAAGGAAUUGUGUCAUGUAAGGGAAACGAAUGAAGUGAGCUGUGCCAGGCAGUGACACUCUGAGAGAGAACACACGUACUGCCCCAGGAGACCUGGGUUUAGUCCCUGCUCUGUUGUUAAUGGGCUCUGCAACUGUGGACACGUCAUUUGUUCCUCUAGUGUUUGUUCAUCUAUCACAUCUACAGACAAGACCUCCCUGGGGCCCUUCUGCUAUAGUUCAUGGCUGUCUUAGACCCCCGUGGUUGUAAAACCCAUGGAAAGCCUUGUUUGUGUGAAGUCAGAGGAAAAAUAAAUGAUCCAAGUGGACACUUGGGGUGGUCUGUCAUUUAAGGGCCUUCAGCCCAAGGCCAGCUCUUCUCUCAUUUUCAGAAAGGCACAUGUCGACUUGCAGGAAUUGUCACUUUUGUCCCCUGCAGGUUGCCAGAAUCCUCAGUCAUGCUUUGAUUUGACAGAUGCUCACUCACCCCACCCAGGGCUUAGCACACUGCAGAGUAUGUUAGCGUGGUCCUAUGAGUACUGGGCACAUUCAUGGCAUUCAGAAGGCAAGAGAACCCCCUUACCCAUUUGGCCUCUGGAGGGGGUAUAGGAAAAAAAAUAAGAAACUUCGUUUUGUAGCUUGUAUGCAAAGCACGUGCAGUCUGGCAUUAGCUCUCAUAGUGGGCCCCUGUGCUUCCUGCUCGGGGUUAAACUAAUGAUCCUACUAGCUGUAGAGGAAUGGGUUAACCCAACAGACAAGGCUCCAUCAUUUCACCAGUGGGACCUCCAUCCCUAAGCCACUGAGAGAGGCACUAUUGUCCUUAGUCUUACAAACCAAAAUCCUGUCCUUCACAGACACCCGGAAGCUGGGGCUCGGAAGGGAAGGCCCUGACAUUGCACAACCUCAGGUUAAUGUUUUGCUCCAGUAAUAUCUUGCCUGGAAACUGGCUAUCUUCCAAGCAUGGUGAGCCGAGUUACCAGCUUUUUCUAGUAGCCAGUCCUGCCACUGUCCAUCCGAGUGGUGGUUCCAAAUGGAGUUGAACUGCGCACUGGGGGGGCAGUGUGUAUGGAAAGUAGAACACGCCUCCCCCCUCCAGGUCCUCAAGUUUCUUGGCUGCAUGAAGGUUUUCUGUAAAAUUAAUUAUAGCCAGUUUCUCUGGCUGAAAGGAUGCACAAUUUAAUUGGAGAUUACUAAAAGGGAAGGGAGGAGGUGGGAAUGGGUAGGUUGUGUGAUUUUUUUUUUUUCCUUGAUCACGGGGACCGAGAAGAAAGGCAUGUGUCUCCCCCAGCUGGAUAUUACAGCCACAGGCGCUGUGCCUAAUGUCCAGAACACUUCGUGUCCCUGUGGAUGUGUGGCUGCUGCUUCUGUAAAAAUAAAAAUGUGACCUGGAAAGUA